AUGUUCAAGGCCCUCGCCCUCGCCGCUGCCGUCGUCUCGGCCGUCUCGGCCGCGGUGGUACCCCGUGCCAGCGUUCCUACUACCGUCGGCGUUGAGAACACGGGUGGAUAUGCGACGUACUACUACCAGGACGGUGCCUACGGCGCGUGUGGCAACAUCAACCCCGAUAGCGCCCACAUCGUUGCCCUUCAGUCAGCGCGCUACGAUCCCUCCCUAUGUGGUCACACCGUUUGGAUCCAGAACCCGGCCAAGAGCAUCACGAUCAGCGCUGUCAUCGCGGAUAACUGCCCCGGCUGUAGGAACUCUGAAUCGCUCGACCUUUCCGUUGGUGCAUGGGAGGCUCUCGGGCAGAGCGAGGCGGACGGCACCGGCAUCCCCAUCAACUGGUGGCUCGUCAACUAA